UUGAGGGGCUGUCUUGGUUUUGAAUAAAUAGCUUUGGUCGUUACGUGGAAAUCGGCCAAGGGACCAGAUGUCGACUCGCGGACGCGGUCGCGGGCGAGGUAGAGGUAGGACAGGCACCGUUACUCCUGCCCCCACAGGGACUGAUCCAGUAGACUUUAUAGCUGCUCUGGGAAAUAUAGCUGCAGCUAUGCAGGCGACAGCCAAGGCACUGGGUAAUCAGAUAAACCAGGGUAAUCAUGGGAACAAUAAUGAUGAGGACGGUCCUAUGACACUUGCUACAUUUCUGAAAGUUCGCCCUCCAACCUUUAGGGGAACCUCAAAUCCCACUGAUGCAGAUAAUUGGAUUCAGGCUAUAGAAAGGGCGUUACUGGCACAACAGGUUCCUGAAGAGCAAUGGGUUGAAUUUGGAACUUAUCAGUUGCAAGGUGAAGCUCAGUAUUGGUGGCAGGGAACCCGACGUAUCCUGCAGCCUGAUGGUGCUGCGAUUCCUUGGGAGGUUUUCCGAACAGAAUUUUAUAAGAAAUACUUUCCUAAUUCAGCCAGAAAUGCCAAGGAACUUGAAUUAAUGCAGUUAAAGUAGGGACAAAUGACUG